AUGUACUUAGUUGAUGAUGGUAACCACUGUAUUUUACCUAAGCUGUCACUCUCAGCUGUAGCUCAAGCUGGUGUUUUGGACUACGGUCAUGGUCACGGACAAGCCACGUCGUACGCUUCUACAAGUCUAGGUGUAUCUGACAAUGGACAUGGAUAUGCUGCUCCUGCAUUGAGUCAUGGAUACGCUGCACCACUUGCUCGUGGAUAUUCUGCUCAUGGAGAGUCUACUCAUCCCGACGAACACAUUAAUACUCAUCCCAAAUACGAAUUCAACUAUGGAGUCAAAGACGAACACACCGGUGACCACAAAUCCCAACAAGAAAUCCGUGAUGGAGAUGUAGUAAAAGGUUCUUACACCGUAGCUGAAGCCGAUGGUACCCUUCGUACCGUUCACUACACUGCUGAUGACCACAACGGUUUUAACGCAGUUGUCGAAAGAUCCGGACACCCUGUCCAUCCAGCUCCAGCUCACGGAAAAGUACUCUUAGCUGCCCCCGCUGCUUAUGGUGCCCCAUCAUACCAUCAUUAAGACAUUUCGAGAUAGUUGUUGAUUAGUGUUAUCGUAUUUAUUGAUUGAAUGAAAUGAAUUACUAUGUAAUUAAUUUUCUAUGUAUAAAUAAAUGUUCAUAAAACAAA